AUGCCUGGAAUGACAGGCUAUGAUCUCCUCAGAAAAAUCAAGGAAUCUCCUUCUUUAAAAGACAUUCCAGUUGUGAUAAUGUCAUCAGAAAAUAUUCCUUCAACAAUUAACAGAUGUUUGGAGGAAGGAGCUGAAGAAUUCUUUCUGAAACCAGUUCAAUUAUCAGAUGUAAGCAAGCUUAAGCCUCAUCUCAUGAAGGAAAACUCAAAGGAGAUUCCCAGCAGAUUGCCAGGUUUCUUUGAUAGCAUGACCGCGAAACGUCUCGUUUCUGGACGUAAUUGUGGAUCACAUUGUGUGCACAAAGCAUUUUAA